AUGCCCCCCAAGAUCACCGUUCUGGGCACGGGCGGCACCAUCGCCGGUUCCGGGACCUAUGCCGGGCAGACGGCGGGAUACAAGUCGGGCGUCUUGUCCGUCGACGGGCUCAUCAAGGCGGUCCCGGAGCUGGGCAAGGUGGCCAAGCUCCGAAGCCGGCAGAUUGCCAACGUGGGCAGUCCCGACAUGACGGCAGAGGACCUGGUGCGCAUGGCCCAAACGAUUGAAAGGGAGCUUCAGGGGGACACGCAGGGCGUUGUGGUGACGCAUGGAACAGACACGCUGGAAGAGUCGGCUUUUUUCCUCGAGCUGACAAUCAACUCGGACAAGCCCGUGGUGCUCGUGGGCGCCAUGCGUCCGGCCACGGCCUACAGCGCCGACGGGCCCAUGAACCUGCUGUGUGCCGUCAACCUGGCGGCCAGCCCGAGCGCGCGGAAACGGGGCGUCAUGAUUGCCCUCAACGACCGCAUCUGCUCGGCGCGCUUCACCACCAAGACGAACGCCAACUCGCUCGACAGCUUCAGGGCCGUGGAGCAGGGUUACCUGGGCAUGUUUGUCAACACGCAGCCCAUUUUCUACUACCCCCCUUGCCGGCCGCUCAACCGCAGCUACUUCAACGUGGCGGACCGCAACCCCAGGGACGGGCUGCCGCAGGUGGAUAUCUUGUACGGGCACCUCGACAUGAACCCGGCGCUGCUCAAGACGGCGGCCGAGACGUCGCAGGGGGUGGUGCUGGCCGCCAUGGGCGGGGGGUGCUGGGCGACUGGAGCGGGCAGGAGGGUGGCCGAGCUGGUGAGGGCGAGGGACUAUCCAGUGGUGGUGAGCCGUCGGAUGGCCUCGGGCUUUGUCGGGGGCACGUCCAACUAUGGGCUGGAGGACUGCUGCAUCGGAGGGGGCCUCUUGGACGCCAACAGGUGCCGCAUCCAACUGCAGCUUGCUCUGGCGUCGGGACUGGACAGAAAGGCCAUCAGGGACGUGUUUGAGAGCCAUGGGGCUGAGCGGGCGGCUGCUGGGCUCGAGGCCAGGAUUCGGCGGACGAGCGUCCUGUAG